UGGCAUUUGAGGAAAAAUGGUGUGGGUGGCCUGAGGAAUAGUGGGUUUUCCAGUGAUUUUAUGGUACAGCGACAUAUCCUCGCACACCCAGUGAUACCUGAGAGCGUCUGCGAGACGACGGACGUCGGGGCUUGUCCAGAGGUGCGGUCUGAAGGGCGGAAAGAUGGCAUCGCCGCCGCCAAUAAAGCCUCCUCGUCGUGAAAAAUACUCCAAGGAAACGACCGGCUGUGGACUUCUGGUGUCUGUGAUCAAGACCCUCGAUGCCAGCGAGACGAACGAGCAGCGCCAGAAGGAGAAGCUGAAGAUCGAGAAGGAGUUCAAGAAGAGCGAUCAGCUCCUCAAUGAGCUCGUCUCGAGGCACGAUGGAGAUCUGACGAAGGUGAUGCAACUGUUCGGGAAGGUCUCCACGCAUGUCACGACGUCACGCGAGAAGAUCCACACGGUCAAGGAGAACCUGCACGCCUGCAAGCAGCUGCUCAGGUGUCGCCGCGAGGAGCUGAAGAAGCUCUGGACGGACGCCGUGCAGCAGAAGUACGUCCUGGAGAUGUUCGACCAGAUAAACGAGCUGCGCAAGGUGCCGUCGAUUGUCACCGCGUACACCACGAAGCGCCAGUAUCUGCACGCCACGAAGGCGCUCACGACGGCCAUAGCGCUGGGCGAGGGCGCGCUGAGGGAGGUGGAGGGUCUGAACGAUCUGCGCCGCGAUCUGGAGGUGCGCAAGAGUCAGCUGUACGUGAAGCUGCUGGAGGAGCUGGCCAGGCAUCUCUAUCACGUCAACACGGUGGAGUUCCUCGGCGGCUUCCAGCGCCAGGGCUCUGGGCGCAGCAGCACAUUCGCGGCGGCGUCGCCGUUCCAACGCACGCCGCUGCGCAAGUCGGCGGAGCGCGCCGAGGCGAACUCGAAGGUGCGCCGCGCGCUGUUCGAGAUGCAGCAGGGCGGCGCCUUCGAUGUGGACAAGACGGAGAUCCUGGAGGACGGCGAGAUGGUGGACGCCGAGCUGAAUUCCACGUACUACAUCGGCAUCAUCACGGAGUGCUUCGCGCUGCUGAACAAAGUGCCUCAGUCGCUGGACACGAUUCAAGUACAAAUGCAGAGCGAGCUGGGCGUGAUUGUUGCGCGCACGACGCAGAGUAUCGUGGCCAUGCCGCCGCCGGCGCCGCCGAUGGAGGGCCAGAGUGCGCCGCCGCAUGCGCUGAUUGAGUUGCUGGAGUUGCUGUUCAAGCAGUUCAAGAUUGUGGCCGAGACGCACGCACUGCUGCUGAAGAACUACGCGAAUGUGAUUCAGAGAUACAAGAUCAGCGCGAAAAACUACGAUAUCAUGGAUUACUGGAAUCAGGCGCAAAUUGUGCUGCAGAAUGUCCUUGUGGACUAUCUGAACAUCGAUAAUCCGGCCAACGAUGAGCAGCCGCGGUCGACAUUCCUCGAGCAAUCGACAAAUUUCAACACUUUCUUCAGUCGCCGCAAAGUGCCGCACAAGAAGACGCUGUUCAAGUUCGACAAGUCGGCGCACACGGUGAGCGAGGGCGGCGACGCGAAGGAGCACCGCCGCAAUCUAUCCGACAUGUCAGCCGACGAGGCCGUGGCGCUGGAUCCGGCGCACGCGACGGCGGACAAGAAGAAGCGCGAGCGCGUGCUCGUGUGCGCGCCGGACUUGGCGCUCAUUCGCACGAUUUACCUGCCGCUGAUGGUGCACGUGGGCGAGAUUGAGGGCAUCGGGAAGGCGGGGCAGCGGUGCAGUCUGCACGCCUUCCUGGCGCAGCACGUGAAGGAGACAUUCCUGGCGCGCGGGCACAACAGAUCGCUGCAGGUGACGAUUGAGUCGCUGUCGAAGACGCAGGACGCGUGGAAGGCCAUCGUGGGUCCGGAAGAGAUCAAGAGACUGGGCCUCAACAGGCCUCUGCUGCAGAGCACGGUGAUGGUGGAGAGUCGCAUUCGCGAGACGACGAAUCUGAUCCAGGAUCUGCCAAAUUACUCAGAGGAUCUGCUCAAGAUGAUCUGUGCGCUGCUCAAGACGUACCGCGAGACGUGCCAGGCGGCGUACAGGGGAAUUGUGCAGCCCGAGACGGAGGACAAGAGGAUCUACAGCGUGGCGUGGCUGAAGGACGAUGACAUCAGUCGCUUCCUCAAGACGCUGCCCAAUUGGACGGACCUGAAGAUGUCGCACAUGCGACGGCAGCAGUUCGGCAAGCUCGCGGCGCAUCCGUACGAGAUGUCGGAGGAGGAGAGCAUGGCGCAGGUGCAGCAGAGGAAUAUCCGCGAGGCGGAAAUGCUGACCAGCAACUUGUGCGAGGGCGGAAUUUCGCAGUUCGAGAUCCUGUCCGACGUGGGCGUGCUGAAGGAGUUGGCAAUUCUGCAGCAGAGCAUGGAGUGGUUCUCCAAUCGCAUCUCAGAGUUCGCCAACAAUCUGCGCAAGCCAAUCGUGAAUGGUCUGGUGGCCAGCGAGCUGAUCUCGCCGGUGGUCGUGCAGGAUGGCACGAUUAAGGUGCUGACGAAUCUGGCGCUGGAGUUCGACGAGCUGGCCAACACGUGUCUGCUGGUGCUGCAUCUGGAGGUGCGCGUGCAGUGCUUCCACUAUCUGCGCUCGUAUCCGUCGGACAGGGCGCGCGGCGAUCUGCACAAGGGUGACAAUCUGGAGCCGGACUCGAAGGUGCUGAAGCUGACGAAGGUGCUGUCGGACAUGGAUGAGGCAUUCAGCGCCACGCUGCAUCCGCGCAAGGUGAAGUAUAUCUUUGAGGGUCUGGCGCAUCUUGCGGCGCGCAUUCUCAUCAUGGCGUCCAACUCAAUGGAGGUGAUCGAUCAGGUGAGCGUGCAGCGGAUGUGCAGGAAUGCACAGGCGCUGCAGCAGACGCUGAGCAGCAUCACGGCGACGCGCGAAGUGGCGCUGGAUCACGCGAGGAACUUCUACGAGAUGCUGUACAUGAAACCCGAGGAGAUUCUCAGCCAGAUCGUGGAAAAGGGCGCGCAAUUCACGGAGAUGCAGUAUUUGAAUGCUCUGCAGCUGAUCUGCAAGAAUCGCGGUGUGACGGAUCAGAAUAUGUUGGCGACAUAUCAGCAGAAGUUGUCGGAUUUGCUGGGGCCGAAGCCGCCGCUUGGCGUGACUGUGUGAGAGGCGGCUUGGCGUCUUCUUCUCUCUUCCUACGCAUGAAUCUGUCUGUGCAAAUCAUCAAUAUUCCUCUUCAGCUACAUGAGAAAAGCAAAAGGAAAAAAAAACUAUAUUAUUGCGUAAUUUAGUGGUGUUCUCUUAAGUCUAUCGCCAGAUGCCAGUAGAUUGUUAAGGAUUGUUUGAAGAUGGAUGAAGUAAUAAUACUUAAAAAAAAGUGCCUUUAGUAUGCUAUUUUCGUUUGAAAAUAGGAUCUUUUCUUUUUCCUUUUCCAAUUGGAAGGUCAUUUCACACAAUAAUAAUAUUCAGUCUUGAGAUUUGAGGGGAGGGAAAUACAGCUAAACACGCGAGAGGAUAGAGAGAGAGCCUAAUUUAUUGUCUCAUUCAUUCCCUUGUUGCCAAUGAGUUAUUGAGCGUGUUUUGGUCGCCUUAAUUGUGGCACUCUUGCGGCAGACGCGCGCGAGUCGAUCACCAAGAAAAGAGGUAGAAAGACAGACAGAUGAAAGGAUAGUGUUUAGGAGGAAUGAAAGCCAUUCAAUGCUUCCCUCUGUCGAGGGUGUGCUUCUGCCCGAUUUCCCAUUGCUGCUGCACUAGAAGACGCGCAUCAUGAUGAUGCCGAAGAGGGUCAAGUUCAGGUAGAAAAUGCGUGCGCGCUCGAGGGAGAGCGGCAAAAAACGACAGGUGGCAAGCAAGGGAAGAUCUUUUUUUGCCGCUCAGCCUCUCGAUUUGAUUGAAGGGAUAUUUGUGGAUCGAUGGUCAGAUGCUGGACUGUUCGACUCUCGUUGGUUGUUUCUGAAAAUAAAAAGAAAUAGAAGAGAAAAAAAUUCUUAGCCAAAGGAGACCUUUUGAUUAACUUUUCCUGGUUGGAGAAAAAAAAACUAAUCUGCAUCGUUUUAACGAAUAUUUAUUUAUAGACAGUAGCAAUAAACUGAGCAUUGCAAUGCUUAUGAUCACAAUUGAUUACAAUUUAACAGAGAAGAUGAAAAGAGAGAGAAAUAUAAUUGGAAAUAAUAGCUGUAAAUGUUUUUUGUA